UAAUUUUCCAUCUCCUUCUCCAAAUCUAAAUCUAAAUCCAAAUCCAAAUCUUAUUAAUUUUACAAACUCUUUUUACCUCUCUAUAUCCUCCAUUUUCUUGAAAAUUAAUUCUUUUUUCUUCAUUUUUUCAUCUAAAUCUUGAUUCUCCUCACUCUCAAACCCUAACUCCUUAAACUACUCUAAAUCAGUAUACCCUUUGAAGAAAAUUUCCCAAAGAUGUUGUAGUUAGAUAGCAUCACUACCUUUGAACUUCAAAACACAUAUUCUCCUUUCAAGAUUUAAUUAACUUUCUAGUACCCCUUGUUAGAUCAAGAUUUAUAUGGAUCCUAAUUUUAGUGCCCCAAUAAAAGAAGACUUUCCUAGAUCUAAUGAACCUAGGAUGUGGAUUCCUCAACCAAUGGAGGGGAUCCAUGAGAAUGGACCUCCACCAUUUCUAACAAAGACUUAUGAAUUUGUGGAUGAUCAAAACACCAAUAAUGUUGUUUCUUGGAGUAUAGGUAAUAAUAGUUUCAUUGUUUGGGAUCCUCAAACUUUUGCCAUGAAUCUUCUUCCGAGGUACUUCAAGCAUAGCAAUUUCUCAAGCUUUGUCAGGCAGCUCAAUACUUAUGGAUUUAGGAAGGUUAAUCCAGACCAAUGGGAGUUUGCUCAUGAAGGUUUCUUGAGGGGACAAAGGCAUCUCUUGAAAACAAUUAGGAGGAGAAAAACAAGUAAUUUCCAUCCUGGACAAGCUUCAAAUCAAGGUAUAGACUCUUAUAUUGAAUUGGGAAAGCUUGAGAUAGAUGGAGAAAUUGAUCGAUUAAGGCGUGAGAAGCAGGAUUUGAUGAUGGAAUUGUUGGAGCUUAAACAACAUCAACAGACUACAAGAUCACACAUCAAAUUAAUGGAAGAAAAGCUUAAGAGGACAGAAACAAAGCAACAACAAAUGAUGAAUUUCUUGGCUAAAGCAAUACAAAAUCCAAGAUUUUUGGAGCAAAUGAUGCAACAAAAGGAAAGAAGGAAGGAACUUGAGGAAGAAAUUAGGAAUAAGAGACGGCGGCAAAUUGAUCAUCAAGGUCCAAGUAAUAUUAUUGGAGAAUUAGGCCAUAGUGUUAAUAAUUGUGAUGGAAAUUUUAAUGUAAAGAUGGAAUCUCAUGAAUAUUAUUAUGGUGAAAUGAAAGGACUUGGUAUGAGCAUACAAGGAGCACCAUGUGGGAACACAAUCUAUCUUGAAGAAGACUAUAAUAUUGAGAAUGAAUAUAUGCAAAAAUUAGUAAGUGAGAAUAAAAAUAUUGAUCAUGAAGGAUUUUGGGAGGGUUUGUUGGAUGAAAAUGUUGAAGAUGAGAUCAAUUUACUUGAAGACAAUGAAGAAGAUCAUGUGGAUGUUUUGGCUCAUCAGCUUGGAUUUUUGGGUUCUACACCAAAGUAAAAAAGAUGACUUUACUAUUAGUUUUCCAUUCUUGUCUUUUUUAUGAUUUGGAUUAUUUUAGCUCUACGAGGAGGAAAGUUCACUCACAAAUCAUCGCGCGUUCAUGCAGGAUCUAGAAUUUACCUAAUAUUGAACUACGUACAAGUUAUUAGAUGCUAAUUAAUUGGGAGGAUGCCAAUUCUUUUGCAAAAGAAAGCAACAUACUCUACAAGUUUAGUUUAAUUUUAAG